CACUGAGCGUAUUACUGCCGGGGGAAAAACACGCAAACAAGAAGCCAACCGAAAGAGGCUGCGAUGAAAACAAAACGACGCUCACAAGAACGCCUUUUUCAUUGCAACUUAAACAACAUUUGCAUUUAUGACAACCGUUUUCGUCUAGAUAUAAACUGAUUUUACACUUUUAUUUAUUUAGAUAGACCAAAUAUAUUCCUCUAUUUUACAUCAAAAGUAUAACAAAUCAUAUUAGCUUAGCAUUAGCUGUCAAAAAGCCAGCUAGCUUAGCUUCUCCCGGGAAUUCUGACUGAAUUCUGAGUUCAUCAUCGACAACUUUAACAAUAACAAACAACAAUGUCGGACGAUUAUGAAUUCAGUGAUGACACUACUAUGAUGAGAAUGGAAGAGGAUGGAGAGGCAAACAGCGAUGACCCGAUGUCUGCAACCGGGGACUGUGGCCUGAUGGGGGGCGAGGCCGAGGGAUCCAAGAUUGACGCCAGUAAAAACGAGGAGGAUGAGGGGAAGAUGUUUGUAGGAGGGCUCAGCUGGGACACCACUAAGAAGGACCUGAAAGAUUAUUUUUCCAUAUAUGGGGAAGUUGUAGAUUGCACUUUAAAGCUGGACCCCAUGACGGGCCGCUCGAGGGGCUUUGGCUUUGUCCUCUUCAAGGAACCUGAUAGUGUCGACAAGGUUGCCACACAGAAGGAACAUAAACUCAAUGGAAAGGUCAUUGAUCCCAAGAAAGCCAAGGCGAUGAAGAGCAAGGAGCCUGUUAAGAAGAUUUUUGUUGGUGGUCUCUCUCCCGACACCCCUGAAGAGAAAGUCAGAGAGUACUUUAGUGCCUUCGGAGAGCUGGAGUCAGUUGAACUUCCCAUGGAGAACAAAACAAACAAAAGGAGAGGCUUCUGCUUCAUCACAUUCAAAGAGGAGGAACCAGUUAAGGGGAUUAUGGAGAAGAAGUACCACAAUAUUGGACUGAGCAAGUGUGAAGUAAAAGUGGCAAUGUCCAAGGAGCAGUACCAGCAGCAGCAGUACUGGGGGGGCAGAGGAGGGUACUCUUCUAGGUCUCGAGGAAGAGGUGGCGGUCCCAAUCAAAAUUGGAACCAGGGUUAUGGCAACUACUGGAAUCAAGGCUAUGGGAAUUAUGGCAAUUAUGGUUACGGAGAUCAAGGAUAUGGAGGAUAUGGAGGAUAUGGAGGAUAUGGAGGAUAUGGAGGCUAUGGAGGCUAUGGAGGCUAUGAUUACCCUGGUUACAACAACUAUUAUGGAUAUGGUGACUACAGCAAUGUUUUACCUCAUUAGUAGAUCAGUCUGGUGGAUAUGGCAAGUCGCCGCGGCGCGGUGGUCACACCAACAGUUACAAGCCGUAUUAACAGAGGGAACUCAUCUUCAAGUAGGUAUGUAAAGAAACAAAUGCACCUCUUACUUUGAACUAAAACUAGUUUUAUUUACUUUGCUGUUUGGUAACAUUUUUAUUCAUUUCCUCUUGUAAAUGUCUUUUUCUCAGCACCAUCAAGUGCUUUACAGUAGUAGUAACAUAGAGGCUACGCUCAUGUGGCGAAUUACUUUAACAGCUGGCCUUCUGCUGCCUCUUUUGCACCUUUGUCUUUCUUUUUUUUAAUCUGUAAAGUUAACAGGUAAAGUACUGCUACUACAGUAAAUGGAUGCCAAAGUUAAGGAUGUGCAAGGAAACAGAAAAGGAAGUAUGUUGUCUCCUAACUCUGACAUACCUUGUUUGUACCUGCCAGCGGAGCUUCCUUGCAGGCCAUGAGCUGACCCCAGAUACUCUCAGGGCCCGCUCAAUGCGGACCGGGUACGAGAAGCAUACGCUCUCGAAUGCUGCCAUUUGGUAUGGUCUUACAACAUCCUGUAUCAGCAUUUCUAAACUAAACAAUAUGGGACACGUCCAGCUUUGUCAUCUUUCUUUCCAUUUUGUAUUUCUUUGCAACUGUUUGUAAUGUAAAACUUAAAAUAUACACAUGUAAUUUACUUUUUUUACAGGCCCCCCCCACAAGUAAUGAUUUUGUAAAUAUGUAAAAUUAACUAUUUGCUUUUUGAAGGAUACGUACAGCAUUCUCUGGACUUUCCAGUUCCUAUUGUUAAUAUAUGCAUUCCUAAUCUUAUCUUUAAUGCUUGUUUCUUUAUUUAGCUCUUGUAGCCAGUAGUCCAUGAGCUAAAUCCUGGUUGGUAUUUGGACGAGACUGUGUUGGGGGGAUAAAGUUCUUAACUUUGUGUACAUGUAUUGCUCUGUUUUGUGUUACUGACAGCGAUGGAAAGAGCUCCUCUUUGGUUAAUUUUCCUGUAACGACAACAUUUUUCUCUUUAUAACCUUUUGUAAAACAAGAAGUUUCCUGAAAUUUGCAUGUAAUGUUUUCUGUAAUGUGUAUUUUUUGCCCAAUCGAAGAUUUCUUCCAUUUAGUAUUUUGACUUCUUCAAUUUACUGCACUUCAGGAUUUCUAGCUUAUGGACUAACUUUUGUUACUGUAAAAUGUUAAAGUUCUCAUUUUGGUUUUUACAUUGUAAACAAGGGGGAUUCCUUUUUAUUUAUAAAUGAAGCGUUUUGUGUUCAUCUAUAGCUGAUUUGUGUUGUUUGUUUUCCGUAGGGUACAGAGUGAUGAAAGGCAGCAGAGUGAAGGUUUCCAGCUGAGAGCACUAGCUGAUUGUAAGGACAAAAUGAAGAGCACUGACCUACAGUAACUCUCCUCAUCAUUUACCGGAGUAUUCUUAAACGUUUGAUGUUUUGCAUUUAUUUAGAUUGCUGCAAAGUUUUAAAGUUCCCAUGUGAUGGCCAUUUCUACUGAUCAUAAUUCCAUGGUUGAGGUCUACUAGAAUAGAUUUACAUUGUUCAAUUUUCCAAACUCACAUUGGUUUCUCAUACAGCAUCUCUGUAUAGUAUGUGUAUUCACUCUCUGUCCUAAACGGCUUGUUGGAGCUCCUGCCCCCCCUCCCUGUGAGCCCAGUGGCCGUCUGCGAGACAACGAGACACAGCGAAACCCAGCCCGAACACACACCGACUCAAAGCCUCGCCACGUCUCGCCGUCUCAGGGAGGAGAAAUCGGCGGAGCUGCAGCUGAGAAAAGAUUGUGUGUGUGUGUGAGGAAGUCUGUGGAUUGGUCAAUUUGGACCAAUCUGCGGACUUAACAUAACGGCUCCGCGGAUUGGUCCAUUUGGAGAAAUCUCCAACGAGGCGUUCUGGGGCAGCAUAGACAGGUAUUUUCUGUGUUAGAGUUUUACUCGCUACAGGGUGUACUUUGAGGGUUUGUGACUCUGCAGACCGGUAAUAACCGGAAAAGCAUGACAUGGGACCUUUUUAAUAGUUUGCAUUCCCCAUCCCUUCUUGUUUUUGUAUUUAAUGUUCUCAAAUAGCGUUUGUGAAUUUGCCUCAGUCAUUUAUUACAUAAUCAAAAUGCUUGAUUGUUUGGAGCAGAACACAUUAUUUAUAUACAGUAUUGUGGUAGCAAAUGUUCAAAUGUAUCCUCUUCAUCAUAAUCAUCAGUCAUAUAAUACAUAUGUUAUUAUAGAGUUUGACAGUCAUAAACACACAUUAUAUAUACAGGUAAUUGGACAUAAAGAUAUGCGAUAACAAUAAAAAUAAUAACACUCAU